AUGUCCUCUCUAUCAUCGCCUACGCCGCUCGCUCCACCACCGGCUCUGCUUCCGGUUGAAGAACCGCCGAUCGGCACUCAGCCUGCGGCCCACUUAGCCUCCGACACCUGCUCCCAAAAGACGCCCUUCAACUCCGCAGCUAGCGCAGUUGUGUGUGACAACUGCAAGACGCGCGGCCAUCUCCGCCGCAACUGCCCCACGAUCAAGUGCAACCUCUGUAAGCGUCUGGGUCACUUUCGGCGAGACUGCCCUCAAGACGCGUCGAAGCGAGUGCGCUCGGCCGAGAACGCGCCAUGCGAUGACGUCAACCUCGACGAGGAGUACCGCUGGUCCGUCUGCCGCAACUGUGGCUCGUCGCGCCACAUCCAGGCCAAUUGCCCCGUGCGCUACCAGGCUCUGGAGUGCUACCAGUGUCACCAGCUCGGUCAUAUGAUGACGACCUGCCCGCAGACACGCUGUUACAACUGCGGCACCUUCGGCCACAGCUCUCAAAUCUGCCACAGCAAACCGCACUGCUUCCAGUGCUCGCACUCAGGGCACCGCUCCUCGGAAUGCCCCAUGCGCUCCAAGGGGCGUCUGUGUUACCAGUGCAACGAGCCGGGCCACGAGGCCGCAAACUGCCCGCAAGGUCAGUUGUGCCGGAUGUGUCAUCGCCCCGGUCACUUCGUCGCCCGUUGUCCCGAGGUGGUGUGUAACCUUUGCCAUGUGAAGGGCCACACCGCUGGCGUGUGUGACAACGUGCACUGCGACAACUGUGGCCGCAAUCACGAGACGGUGCACUGUCACCAGCAAUACAUGUCGCCUGUGACGCACGCACGCGCCUCGGAGGGGCGCUCCGCCUCCUUGCCUAGCGAGUGCAUCUCAGACAGUGCUGUCCAGUCGAACAACUCCUCUAUGUCGCGCGCUCCGGAUGACGAUAGGAGCAAUCACGGCGUUGAGGCUCAUCCUCCAGCGACUGCCUCGUGCGUGCCUGUGGUGCCUCCUUACAUUCCUCUGGAUGCGCCGAAGAGGGACGAGCGAGUGGCGAUCGUCGUGGACGGGUCGUACUUUGAGCGCUGCGUCGCGCUUCGCCGCAACCGCAGCGACCCUGCCUACUACCAAGACAUCACCGACGCACUGCGCUACACCAUCGACUACAUCGGCGACAUCUUCCAGCGCGAGCCUUUCGCGUUCUGGCUCGACACGGACACCACCGCCUUCAUAGAGUUCGUGGAGACAAUCAUGCCGCUGGCGCACCGCGAACAGGCGCUUCGCAUGACCAACAUGCGGAAGCGCCACUUGACGGACGAGAUGAAUAGUGGUGGCUCCCUGCCGAACGUUGUGACAAAGCUGGUGGGUGGCAUGAAGCGGCAGCGCGGGUACACGGAAAACGGGCCUGGUCAUGUGUGGGUUCAGACCGGCGUGGACGUCGCAACCGCCACGUGCGUGAUUGAGCUCUUCCAAGACCGCCGGCAAUUCCAGCAAGUGGUGCUGCUCUGUGGCGACGCCGACGUCUAUCCGGCAGUGGAGUACUGCAACACCCUCCGCCGCUCCUCGCACCAGCACGCAGACUCCAAUCCAGUCCGCGUCUGCGGCACCUCAGAUUCCAUUUCGAAAAUGUACGGAAAACAUCAGGACCUCACGGACUUCCUGCCGCGCCUGCUGCUGGACCGUCCCUCACACACGGAGGGCGGGCGCACGAUUGAAUUCCCCACCUUUAAAGUAUUCAGAUCCUCCUGCUAG